AUGGCCAACCUGCCCGAGCUGUUUGACAUCGCGGACCAGAUCCAAGAAGAUGAACGGCGUGCCAGUCUCGAUCAACCCAGCUCCUCUCGAUCGGUAAACGCCCAGCCCCAGCAAACACUAGGGGAGGAGGUCAACGAGGUAAUAGGUCAGUUAGGGAGAUUUUGGGGAGGUUUCCAGAAGCAGAGUCAAGCUGCUUUCCAGACUGCAAGAAAGGACUUCGGCUCGGUGGUACAAGCAGCGCGGAAGGAGGCGUCUUGGCUCGGGAACAAUGCUACCACGCAAAGGGAUGGCCCAGCAGGUAGUGGCGAGGCCUCUAAUUCAGCUACCGCUUCGAGCACAGAGCCGCCUGCUCCUAUCUCGAUUGAUACCAAAGGAAAAGAGAAAGAGGUCGAAGACGAUACUGCUACGAUCAAAUCAAGUUCGCCAACGACAGAUACAACUCCAGGUGCAUCUGCUACUACCGGCACGUUCUUUUCGCGACUUCAAGCCAACCUCCCUCCACAGUUUGCCCCUGCCGCUAUUACCGCCACCCUUCAGAGUCAACUGUCAACGGCCCAAGCGCAGGCUGACGCUCUGCGAACAUCACUAGCAACGAAUAUCCAGCGAAUACAGCAAGAAGGAAACAUGCCCAUAUCGUUCGCUCAAGCUGAGAAGCUUGCCGGAGAAUACGUACAUCGUAGUGAAGAAUUGCUUAAGGGCGCGGGCGCAUUUUUGAAGGACGCAGUCCAUGUUAUACCAGCGGAAGGAGUCGAUAAUACUCGGGGAGUGGUGUGGGACGGUUCAGAUAUAUGGAUGAUGCCGAGCCCAAUGGCUCCAGGAACCCCUACCCCUGAGGCGAGUGCAAGCGGACGUCCAGCAUUGACUCACGCCGAAGCCUUGCUCAAGCGACUCAAGAGCGACCCAGAAGUACUCCGAGUUGACCCUGCUUCUUCUUCAGCAAAGGAAAGAUACGAGAAAUACAUCACUGGGAUAGAUAUCAGUGACACACAAUGGACAUCCCGCAUUCGUGAAGUCAUCGCUGACACUUCAGAGGACUCUGACUCUUUGCUUAGCACGAAGGAAAAGCUUGUGCCUGAGGCUGUUUCGGAAGAUGAAUUCUGGAAGCGAUAUUUCUUCAGGGUACAGCAAAUAAAUGAGGAUGAGGAGAAACGCAAAAUUAUCUUAAAGGCUCCGACGCAACCAGAGGAUGACUUUAGCUGGGAGGAUGACGAGAAGCCAAAUUCCCCUAUUAAUAAUGACGAGUCUAAUUCGACUCAACCUCCGACCAACCCUACUACUGAUCUUCCACCAACACAUCCUUCUACGUCAACCACGACCCUCAAAACAUCAACUAACGAUCUUGCGCCUCCUUCCCCAGUACCUGCUGCCGAAUCCGCCACCACGCCAACAGCUACCGGCCCCAACUCUCGUUCUGCGUCACAAAUACUAAUUGCCCACUCGGGAGUCAGCACUAGUAAUACCAGUCCCCGCGAAUCGGAGUCAAGCUUUGACGUAGUUAGCGCGAGUUCCAGUGUAGCUGGCAUGAACGCCGACGUUGCAGAUAAGAAACGUUCACCAGAUGAAAAAACAAAGACAGACCAAAAGGAUGAUAGUGAUGAUAGCGACUGGGAGUAA